AUGAAUCGGUCAACGAUCAUCGUGCCGCUCGCGGGAGUCGUGUGGUUCGUGGAUCUGUUUAACUAUUACGCGAAUGGCGCCAACGACGCGGAGCUCAGCAGCAAAGAACUGCAGCUCGACACCAAGGUUUUCUAUUUCGAUGUUGGCGAGAACGCCCGGGGCCGCUUUCUGAAGGUGUCGGAGGCCAGCAUGGCGCGCGCGCGCUCCACUAUCAUCGUACCAGCGGGAGGCCCCGCGGCGGAGGGAUGGGCGGCGUUCCGCAACGUGCUGGUGGAGAUCCACGAGGCGUCCAUCGCGCUCCCCACGAACAAUGCGUCCGGCGCCGUUCCCGCCACGCAGGUUGACGGUUCGUUCCAUCACACGCCGGUUGCUGCCGCACCCGCGGCGGCACCAGCCGCCGGCGGCGCGGCGGAGGGAGGCGCAGGAGCGCCAUCGGCGGGCACCGCGGGCGGCCCGUCGACGGGCGGCGGUAGCGGGCCGGGCAGCAACGUGUUGGCGUCGCGCGUGAUCCGCGCGGAGCAGAAGCGGUUCUUCCUCGACCUGGGUUCGAACGUUCGCGGGCAGUUUCUCAAGGUUUCCGAGGUGCAAGGCACGGACCGGUCGGUGAUUAUAAUCCCGGCGCAGGCGUUGGAGCAGAUUCACGAGGCGCUGGGGCAGUUUGUGCAGGUGCUCAAGGCACAGCCGCCGCCCUCGCCGCUGGUGCGCACACUCGCCCCUCAGCCCAAGCGCACCGGCGACUCCUAG